AUGUGCUUUAGCCCCACACUUUUCGCGGCUUGUCGCAAACACCACCCGCACAUGCAUCUUCUGCGGAGUGGACCGGCUGGCAACUUUAGCCUGACUUUCUUCCACGCCAGCGAUCGACUUCCAUCCUACGCUAUAUUAUCGCAUACUUGGGGCAGACAUGAGGACGAAGUCUCCUUCAAGGAUAUUGUCGAUGGCGAAGGCAAAGACAAGGCAGGAUACCGAAAAGUUCGCUUUUGCCACGAUGAAGCAGCCAGCGACGGGCUACAAUACUUCUGGAUAGACACGUGCUGUAUCGACAGAUCUAGUAGCGCGGAGCUUACUGAGGCCAUCAAUUCCAUGUUUCGCUACUACCAAAAUGCAGCGCGAUGCUACGCAUAUUUAUCCGAUGUUUCGACCGAAGAGUGUUGGAGGGAAAGAUUGCAGAAAAGCCGAUGGUUUACACGCGGGUGGACGUUGCAGGAGCUCUUAGCACCAAAGAGCAUUAUGUUCUUCUCAGUGGAGGGUAGCAACUUGGGAACUCGCACGUCGUUACGGCGUGACAUUUCUCAAGUAACACGUAUCCCAGAACAUGUUCUAGAAGGAAGCCCGUUAGCCAACGUGAGCAUCGAAGAGCGGCUAUCCUGGGCAGAUGAUCGAAGCACAAGACAAGAAGAAGAUCGGGCAUACUCUCUUCUUGGCAUAUUCGAUGUCUACAUGCCGCUCGUGUACGGAGAAGGACAUGCGAACGCCUUCAGGCGCCUCAAGCGAGAGAUCCAAAUGGCUUCGAUGGUGAACACUUCACACUCUGGUCCCAUGCUCACUACUCGCCUUAUGCGACUGGCAGACGAAGACAAAACAUCCAUUACCCCGAGUAAUGACCUCUACCGAACGCGUCCACCAGACUCACUUUUCGAGAUUGCCGGAAGAACGGGCAACAUCCAAGUCCAAGGUCGCGCAACGGAUGUGAAUACUGGUAUAUGCUAUCGAAUUAGUACACGAGAUGCGAGAUUUCCAGCAAUAAUUUCAGGCUGUACAGGCUCUAUCGUUAUCAUGGACAACGCACGCAACCUCAAUACUGGGAUCUCUGUACACCAGUUUGAGCAUUCGGACUAG